GAGCGAAUGAGAAAAAAAAAAAAAUCGCUUACCAUAUUUUUUCAUAAUUCCGACGAUGGCGGCGCCGUGACAGCGACACUUGCACCUGAAAGAGGGUGGCCGGCCAUCCCGGCGGUGCCUGCGGUGUGAGGCAGGAGGCGGCACCUGUGGCUGAUGAAUGACUCGUGAAAAACACGACGAAACAUCGCACGGAGAGUGCCGGCGUGAGCGGGGGAGUACCUGCCUCCGCGCAUGGCGGCUCGGCGGCGGCGGGAUCAAUAAAGGCUCUACUUAACCCCACGAGGCAGCCCGCGUUCCGGAGUGUGUUCCUCGCCGCCCUAGUGGUCACCCUCGCGCUGCCGCCUCCACGCCGCCUCCUCUGUAGGUCUCGUGCUCGUGACUCGCGCCUCUAGGUGACCCCAACCCAGCCGUCGGUCCACCAGCACCGCCCCGCCGCCGCCCGCCCCCGGCUCAGCCACUGCCUAUCUGAGGCCCCGCCGCCCGCCGCCACAGCCAUGACUGACGAGGGACCGGCCGCACCCGACCCAAAGACUUCCCCCAAGACUUCCCCGACGCAGGAGAAGCCGGCCAGCGGAGACACCAACGCCAAGCCGGCGGCCACCGAAGCCCCCGCCGCGACCAAGGACAACAAGCAGGAGCAGCAAGAUCAGCAAAAAGAGCAACCAAAACAAGAAAAGGAGGAAAAGCAACAUGAAAAAGAGCAACAACCAUCACAAGAAAAGGAACAAGUGCAGCCUCUGAAAGAGACUGAACAACCCAAACAGCAGCAGGAGCAGAAGCAGCAGGAGCAGAAGCCGCUUCCACAGCAGGAGAAGGAAGCUGAGGCUGCCAAGGCUGCAGACACACCAGCACCAGGUGGAGAGGAGUCCAAAUUCCAGGGUCUCAAUGCCCGCCUCGCCUUCGCCAUCUCCGCGGCAGCCUUCGGGUCGGCCUUCCAGCAUGGCUACAACCUUGGCGUUAUCAACAACCCGCAAACUCUCAUGGAGGAGUGGAUCAACAGCACCUACUAUGACCGCUACGAUGAGCCCAUGACGGAGCAGAAGAUCACCUUCAUCUUCUCCAUCAUCGUGUCCAUCUACUGCGUGGGCGGCAUGAUUGGUGGCGCCCUCACCGGACUCUUCGCUGAGAGGUUAGGCCGUAAGGGCGGACUGCUCAUCAACAACGCCUUCGCCAUCGUCGCCGCCGUGCUCUUCGGGUUCUGCAAGAUGGCUGGCUCCUACGAGAUGCUGAUCGCCGGCCGCUUCGUCAUCGGCAUCAACAACGGCCUCAACGCUGGUCUGUGCCCAAUGUACCUGUCUGAGAUCGCUCCCGUCAGCCUCCGCGGCGCCAUCGGUACCGCCUACCAGCUGGUGCUCACCAUCUCCAUCCUGAUUUCUCAGAUCAUGGGCCUGGAGAACUUGCUUGGCACAGAGACUCUGUGGCCCAUCGCCCUGGCCCUCACUGGUAUCCCGGCCAUCUUCCAGCUGCUCGCCCUGCCUGUCUGCCCCGAGUCACCCAAGUUCCUGCUCAUCACCAAGGACAAGCCAAUGGACGCCCAACGAGCUCUGACUUGGCUUCGCAACACCAACGACGUGCAGACAGAAAUGGGUGAGAUGCGUAACGAAGCCGAGGCCUCCAAGCUGGUCCCGUCCGUGUCCCUGCGUGAGAUCACCAUGAACCCCACCCUGCGCAUCCCGCUCGUCAUCUCCGUCAUGAUGAUGGUGGCCCAGCAGCUCUCCGGCAUCAACGCUGUCAUCUUCUUCUCCACCGAGAUCUACAAGUCCGCCGGCCUGACCACUGACGCCGCCCUGCAGGCCACCAUUGCCAUGGGCGCCAUGAAUGUGCUCAUGACCUUCGCCUCCUUGGUUAUGGUGGAGAAGUUCGGCCGCAAGACCCUCAUGCUGGUUGGUCUGGGCGGCAUGCUGGUGGACGUGUUCCUGCUCUUCAUCUGCCUGCUGUACAAGGACUCCCACGUGACUGUCGGCUACCUCUCCAUCUUCCUGGUCAUCUUCUUCGUGGUCAUGUUCGCAACUGGUCCAGGCUCCAUCCCCUGGUUCUUCGUGACGGAGCUCUUCGCCCAGAACGCCCGCCCCACCGCCUCCUCCAUCGCCGUGGCCGUCAACUGGACCGCUGCCUUCAUCGUCGGCAUCGGGUUCCUGCCACUCAAAGAGCUGAUGGGACCCUUCGUGUUCAUCAUAUUCGUGGUGCUGCUCAUCCUGUUCAUCAUCUUCACGUGGUUCAAGGUUCCGGAGACCAAAGGACGCUCCAUUGACGAGAUCACCUCCAUCUUCAAGCAGACAGCAUACGGCGACAGCAGUCUGAGAGCCCCACACGACCCUCAGUUGAUUCCCUCCCCCUUGAAGAAAGCUGUGUUGUUGGUUCAUUUACUCACCGCUGCUGUUGGUCUACAUAGUGUUGCGGGCUACAUAGGUGUUUCUGGGUGCCGGCGCGUGUAAUGUUGCAGUGGGUGGCCGUGUAGCGCCUCUAGCCGCCCAUACACCGCACUGCACCGCCGCGCCUCGCCAGUUUAUCACGCUGAUGUGUAAAAAACGUAAAGCAAAAGCUGAUUUAAUUGUGUGUGUAUCUUUUGGCACUUUGAUAUGGUCAGUCUGAGCAACGCAGCGUGUUUGAGAAAGAGAUGAGACCUUUCUUUUUAAGUGUCUUUAUUAUUAUUAUUAUUAUUAUUAUUGUUAUUAUUAUUAUUAUUAUUAUCUGUCACGUACAAUUUAAUUGAAAACGACGAUAACUUUCUUUUCUAUCUUUUUUUAUUACUAUAAUUUCGUCACGCAUAGUUGAAAUGAAAAGAUGCGACCUUUCUUUUCUAUCUCUUCUAGUUUCCGUCAAGUACGGUUAAGAUUACAAAUUCACAAAACAAAAAGGCUAAAAAAAAAAAAAAUGGAGGCUGGGUCUAAGGGUAUCGGUUCGCCCCGCCGCCUCCGUCAUUAUGAGAGAUUCUCCUCCUUCUGACGCGGGAAAUUCCUCCGUGAACCGCUACCGUGAUAGGGAACAGUCGUAGAUUUAAUGAUUUGAGAUUCGUACACUAUUCUUCCCCAAUAUGUUCUCUCCAUCACGACCGCCUCUUUACUGUGUCUUGUUCCUUCACAUUUCCCCAAGACCGCCUCCGUUGCUGCCUGCCAUUGUGAGCAGCGCAACUCGUCUCCUUGUUUGCUAAAUGUCGUGCCUGUGGUGUUGGUACUGAGCGCAGGCAGAGUGACUGACGCUCGACUUCCGCGGGUCUACGGUUUGCGGGAGUUAGUUUACCAAGUUACCAAAAGAGGAAGAGAAGUCAAAGUGAAGCAGGAGUGAGACAGGAUUUGUUGACGCGUUGCCGUUCUGAGUUGAUGAGAUGAAGGCGAGUAAGGUGAUGUUGCUUCCACGCUCAGAAUUAAGAAGCUAUUCGGGCUGUUUUGGGCACUUUUCUUUACGUGUGCGUUGCCAAAGAGAGGGAGAGAAGCGAGAAUGAAGCGAGACCCAGACGCAUUGCCGUGCUCCGAGUUGGUGGGGUGGAGAGACAGACAGAGAUGCGGUUUGGCCACGUGUGUGUGUACGUAUGCGUGUACGGUAAAAUUUGUGGGGCGAUGAGACCCCGAUGUUUUGUAUUAAUCUCAGAGACACAAACGUAAUGAUUAGCCAUGACCAAAAACUUCUGACAAUAUCUUGAUGUAGAAAGAAGAAAAGUCACUCUGUCUAGAUUUCAUAUUACGGAUACUUCCUUCCUUCCUUCCUUCCUUCCUUCCUUGCUUGCUUCCUUCCUUCUUUUUCUUCACUUAACCAUCCCUUCAUUCCUUAGUGUUUCUGUUCCUUGCCUGCUUCCCAUCCCCUUAUCUUUCUUUCUUCCAUCCCUCCACUCUUCCAUCUGUCAUCCCUUUCUUCCUUCCUUCUAUCUAUCGUCUCCUCUUAAAAGCGGGAGGAAGAGAGCUGUGUGGAGUGUAUCGUGUCGUGUCGUAGGGUUAGUCUUGUUGCUGGUUCAGAUAUUUACAAUAAUCAUAUCAUGUGAUCGGUGUCUCUUUAAGUGUUGGUCUCGAAAUGGUGUCAGAGAGAUUUAUGGAGGUCAGUCAGUCGUCGUGGCAGCAUUGUGCAGUCGUGGCGCUGUGACAGGUGUGGCAAUGAAGCUGUCAUGCAGGUGGCAGGGGUAGGAGACCGCCACGGAAAGCAAGGUUAGAGAGUAAAUAAGAAUAAGCAAGUAACCUUCAUCUCUAGUACAGACAAUUUGCGUUUUCUCAUCUCAGUUCACGUCAUGAUGUGUUGUUCCUCAGUUUUUCUGUAUUAGUUCCGGCUCGCGAGUGUUCCCGGGAUGUGUCAGGCCUUAUUUAUAUUUGAGGAUACAUUCCCGGCGCCUCGCGGGUCGUGAUGCGAGGAAGAGACGAGGAGAAAAGAAGCAAUUGGUUGGCCCGUAUUCCCAAACGUUUCGGCGUCUUAUCUCGACUUGCUGCAGGCUCUGGUGGGAGUUACUAGGAUUUUCAAGUGCAGUUUUCAUAAUACUAGCGAUAGUUUAACAAGGAUUAUGCAUCGCCAGUGGGAAAUAAGAUCAAUGAGAACCCGAAGAAUGAUUUCUGUGACCUUUGAAAAGUCUUAGCGAGAGAACCAAGCGCUUCAGAAUACGAGCCUUCCAGUAAAGCCAGACGACAUGAGAUGAGGAGAGAACGCGUGAGAGUUAGUCAUUGUUUCCUCCACCCUUGUCUGAAGGGAAGACCAGCCAGCCCACCCUUACCCUUGCACUGAACACGGGAGCACAUAAGUCAGCCAUUGUAUAAAGACCAAAGGAGAAAAAUCAAAUAUGGUUUUUAUAUGUAUACAGAAGCGAUUCGAUAAUUAUUUUUAUAUGUCUCACCGCUCCUCAGUACGCGUCCUCGUCCAUUGCACUGAAGAUAUUAUAGGAAAGUUUUAUUUUCUACGUAGCCGCGGUAGGACGUCCUCAGUGUGUCAAUGGACCAAGGAGGCAAUGGAUACUGAUCGAGUGUAGCAGAAGCCUCCACGCCAAAAAGCACUCCAACAUAUACUUGAAAUACUCUUAGACUUGUAACGAAAGGCUCUGCCCGAUGCUUGAGGCUUAGAAUGUACAGUCCAGGACACAAGUCUUGCACCGUGGCACACUCACUUCCAUAGAGCUUAGCGUCUUUCUCGCGCCCCUGAUUCCUCUGGUGAGCUUGGCAUGUAUCAGUAGUCAGGUUUUUGGUUAUAUAACACUGUCAGCAUAUCUGUUAGCAUACCAGAGAGCUUCAGACUGAGAAAGGAUACUAAACAUAAUGGGAGUGAAGGUGACGGGCUAAAGGACUUGUGGCGGUGACUGUACACCUGUAACUCUUUCCAUAGACUCGUGUGACUGACUUAACUUGUGUCGCGUUUCAUCAGUUCCUUGGAUCUCAACAACUCAAGUUUUAAUGGUAUUGGUUCGCCUAACCGUAUCACUUCAUGAGUUUAUAAGAUGUGUUUAUCAGGUGAAAUUGUGCACUUUUAUAAUUGUUUUUAAUCUUUGCCAAAUUGAGAAGAUGAAUAUUUUUUUUAGUGAAUUGAGUGUAAGGGAAGGAAGAGAUGAGAGUGGAGUGCGGUGUCAAGCUUCCACUGUGCUAAGGUGACAGGAACCUCUGUACUCUGUAUGGUCUUGUGAACGUAACGCAGUUGUGUACACGCCUACUUCCUGCGUGUGUGUGUGUGUGUGUGUGUGUGUGUGUGUGUGUGCGUGCAUGCUGUAGGUCACUCUUGUAGGUCAGGUCGUCUUGUGAUGCCAAAUGGGGUCGAAUGUUCCGCAAAGGUGUCUUUUUUUAUUUUUCUUCUUUUUUUCUUUUUUUUUUUUUUCUUUUUUUUAUGCCAUCGUUUGCAGGCGGGUUUAAGUGGCCUUGAGGCUUUGUUCUUCAGUUUAGUUUAGCUAGAUAUUCAUUCCUAUCUCUCUCUAGUCAAGUGUAUUUACCAGUGAGGAUGUGCCCCGCCCCUCGUCUCCGCGUCACUGCACCGCGACGUGAGACUCACAGUGACUGGUUCACUACCACUACUACCGUGUUUGUCAUUGCCAUCAUGUGAACUUCAGUGUUGUCAUUACUUAAGUAAAAAUUAUCUGUGUUGCCUAAAAAAAAAAAAUCACUUUAUGAAGUAAUUUGUAAUGUGGUGGACUUAUUGAUCUAUCGUAUGUAUUUUGUUUUUCUCCUGUGGGAAGAUGUUUUAUAUGAUACACUGUAAAAGUUACCUUUAUGAAGUAUUGUACUUGAUGCAUGAGAGAACUGCCGGGACAGAAAGGGCUGCGUGUGUGGCUCAACCUGCCUGCCCGCCAGGCAGCGCUGCGUGGCCCGCAGAGCGACACCCCCACGCCAUGGCCUCCACACACUCGAAUACUAUAUAAAUGUAUAAUGUAUUGGGCGUGUGUUGGCCAUGCUGGUGGGUCCAGCCUCCGUGCUGAGAUUACGAUGAGAAAAGUGUGUGUGUGUGUGUGUGUGUGUGUGUGUGUGUGUAUGUGAGUGUGUCUGUGUGCGGCGAUGAGUGGGAGUGGAUUGCAGCAUGUCUGCAGCCGCUGCCCCGCCUCCGCCAGCACACCGCCGCCGCAGCGGGCGCCCCACACCGCCACGCCCUCGCUGUGCCCGGUCUGGUAUAGAGUUAUUGGUUUUCUUUAUCGGUUAGUGUUUAAAUUACGUUAAGACACGUCAGCAGUUAUGUUUAUGUGGCAUUGUUUGUACAUAAGACAGAUUGUAUCAUGUUCAUAGUAUUUUUAUUAAAGUUAACACAUUAUUUUUCUGUUGAGGUAUCAGAAGUGUAGUGUCGUGGGGGGCGUGGCGCCACCCUGGUCGCGCCCCCCGCUAAGUCUGGCUGUGUUCACAUAUACACUAUUUUCAUUGCUGUGUAUGUAGUCACUUGUUUUGUAUAAGCAGAAGACACAGUAAAUGCAUUAUGCCAAGGCAAAGAUGAUGUAUACUGUAGUGUUUCACCAUGACCAUUACUUCAUCCUUUCAUUAACUAUCAUUCACGUUAGUUUUAUGGCUUUUUUUUUUUUUUAAUGGGCAAAGUUUGAGGUAUUUUAGUUUAGUUUAUAAAGAUGUAGUAUAUAACUAUACAUAUAUAUUUCUAGCUGUCGCCCAUCAACAUCUUUUAUGUAAAGUGAUUGGAAGUAAAAUAAAGUUAAAUGUUA